AUGGCUUUGAUUUGCCGGGUACUACCAGCCUUUCUUGUGGUGCUCGCAGCACUCGCCACCCCCUCCAACUCCCACGGUGACGGUAAACUCACUCUCCGAUGCCAUCCAGACCAGGCUGCAACCCUCCUCCAACUAAAGAAAUCCUUCUCAUUCCUCCGUUACCCCAACCCCCUUGAGUCAUGGCAGGAUGGUACCGACUGUUGUCUUUGGGAAGGUGUCGGCUGCAGCAAUUCCUCGGGCCGUGUCACUGCUUUGGAACUCGGUGGGUGUGGCUCGUGUAGUCAGGGCCUUGACCCUGCAAUCUUCGACCUCACCUCGCUCCAAGUACUUGACCUUAGCAUGAACAAUUUUGGCCCGUACAGUCUCCCGGCAAAUGGGUUUGAGAGGCUCGCUUCGCUCACCCACCUCAACCUCUCCUAUUCAGGCUUCGUUGGCCAAAUACCUACUGGCAUCGGCAAACUUGCCAACCUUAUCUCCUUGGAUCUUUCUAAUAACUAUGGUUCCUGUUCCGAGGAUUCUUUUUGUAGCCAUGUUACAAAAACCCAUGAUUUUUUUCAGACCGAGCUGGAGGUACUGAACUUUGAGAUCUUAGUGGCUAACCUCAGCAGUCUGAGAGAGCUCUACCUUGAUGAAGUGGAUAUGUCUAGCAGCAGAGACUGGUGCCAUGCUCUUGCUAAAUCUCUUCCCCAUCUCCGAGUUCUUAGCUUGAGUUUUUGUGGCCUCAGCGGCCCUAUCUGUCCAUCCCUCUCAGCCCUCCACUCUCUAACCAUGAUCAAUCUUGAAGGGAACUUUGAUAUACCUGCUCCUUUUCCAGUGUUGUUCAUGGAUUUUCUCAAUUUAAGUGUGCUCCAACUUGCUGGGACAAAUCUCCAAGGUUGGUUUCCUCGUAGAACCUUCCAAUCGAGAACACUACGGGUUCUUGAUUUAUCCUUUAACGAGAAUCUCUCAGGGCACAUGCCCAACUUCUCCAACACAAGUUCUUUAGAGACAAUGAUGCUAGACGUGACCAAUUUCUCCUUCGGAAAACCAGGCUCUUUUAGCAAUUUCAAGUCUUUGCAAGCGUUAAGCCUUGAUGUGGAUUUUGCUUUUAUGGAGCAUCAAUCUUCACUCGGUAUUCACACGUCUUUACGACAUUUGGAACUCACCCAGAUGGACUCAACAAAAGAUUUGGGGCUAAUUUUGUCAUGGAUCGGAGACCUGCAAAACUUGGCAAGCUUAGAACUGAGAGGAUGGAACUUCUCUUGGAAAUCUUUUUCUUCAGUAGCCAAACUCAAGAACUUGAGAAGCCUGUCAAUGUAUUACUGCAGUUUCACCAAGCCAUCACUGCCGGCAAUUGGUAAUCUAGUAAAUUUGAGAAGCUUGGUGAUUCAUCAGUGCGAAUUGAAUGGUCCAAUGCCAUCUGCAAUUGGCAACCUCGCAGACUUGGAAAGCUUGGAAAUAACUGAUUAUGAUUUCUUAGGGCCAAUACCAUCUGCAAUUGGCAACCUCAGAAGCUUGAAAAGCUUGGAAAUUAAUUUUUCUGGGCCAAUGCCACCUGCAAUAUGCAAUCUUAGUAAUUUGGAGGCUUUGGAGAUGAGCAAUUCUGGGUUUUCUGGGCCAAUACCCUAUGCAGUUGGACUACUCAAGAAAUUGACAUCACUACGGCUUCAAGAGUCUAGCUUUUCUGGAAGCAUACCGGAUUCAAUAUUUAAUUUGACUCGCCUAAUUGAGUUAGAUCUUUCAUUUAAUCUUCUUAGUGGGGAAAUUCCAACAUCUGUUUUCACUAUUCCAACAUUGCAACGCUUAGAUAUUAGCUUCAACCAGCUCUCUGGCUCUGUACAAGAAUUCGACGCAACAUCUUCACACUUGGUGUCAGUGGACCUAAGAGUAAAUAAAUUGACAGGAAAUAUUCCCAAGUCGUUCUUUCAACUCACAAGUUUGGCAUAUCUUGAUAUUGGUUGGAAUAACUUAGUGGGUUUGGUAGAUCUUUCUUCAUUUUGGAGGUUACGAAAUCUCGCUCACUUGGGCCUUUCCAAUAACAAUCUGUCAGUCAUGGACAUGGUUGGAGAAGGUAACAACUCCCCAUCUACCUAUAUCCCUCCAGUUACUUGGUUAGAAUUAGCAGGUUGCAGUUUAACAAGAUUCCCAAGUUCAUUGGCACACCUUAACCAAAUGUCUUACUUGGACCUGUCAUGCAAUAGAAUCAGUGGGGCUAUUCCAAAGUGGAUAUGGGCGACAUGGAGUAGUAGCCUUGCAUAUUUGAAUCUUUCACACAACAUGCUCAACAGUAUGCAACUUAAUUCAUAUGUUCUCCCUUUUGAUCGGUUGGAAGUUCUUGAUCUCAGCUCCAAUCAGCUUCAGGGGCAGAUUCCUAUGCCAAGCCCCCCUGCAGCUAUCUUACGUUAUUCAAACAACAGUUUCUCUUCAAUUCUUCCAAACUUCACUCUCUAUCUUGGGAAUGAGUUCAGAAUUUCUAAAAACAAUAUUAGUGGGCAUAUACCUAACUCAGUUUGUGAUUCCAGUAUCAGCCUCCUUGACCUAUCAUUUAACUACUUCAGUGGGUGGAUACCACCCUGUCUAAUAGAAGAUGGUUACAUGAGCGCGUUGAUUUUGCGUGAGAAUCAAUUUGAAGGUGUGUUGCCUAACAACAUCAAAGACCAAUGCCAGCUUCUUACAUUAGACUUGAACAACAAUAAGAUUGUAGGGCAGCUUCCAAGGACACUUACCAAGUGUUUGCAGCUGGAGUUCCUUGACUGUGGAAAUAACCACAUGGCUGAUACUUUUCCAUCAUGGCUUGGGAAGCUUCCCGAACUUCGGGUCCUUGUCUUGAGAUCCAACCAAUUCUAUGGCUCGAUGGGUGGUGAUCUUCACAGAGAUUACAAAUAUGGAGAAUACUUCUCUAGCUUGCAGAUUCUUGAUCUUGCCUCGAACAAAUUUUCUGGCAAAUUGAGUCCAAAAUGGUUUGAGGGGUUGAAAUCAAUGAUGGCAGAGUCCAAUACCACAGGUGAAAUUGUCAUAGCUGACAAUGGGACACUGACAUUCUAUCAAGAUACUGUGGCGAUAACAUAUAAAAGCACCUAUAGGUCAUUUGUUAAGAUCCUGACUACUUUGACCGUAAUUGACCUUUCAAAUAAUUCAUUUGAGGGAACCAUUCCUGAAUCACUUGGGAGACUUGUUUCACUACUUGCACUAAACAUGUCAGGCAAUGCCUUCACCGGUGAUAUUCCGCGGGAAUUAGGCAGGAUGAGUCAGCUAGAAGCACUAGACCUGUCCCAGAACCAGCUUUCUGGUGAUAUUCCAGAGGCGCUAACAAAUCUCACCUUUCUUGGUUUCUUGAACUUGUCCAACAACCAGUUGGUGGGAAGGAUACCUCGGUCAGGUCAGUUUUUUGGGACGUUCCAAAACAGUUCAUUUGAAGGGAAUCUGGGUCUGUGUGGACCGCCACUGUCCAACCCAUGCGACAUUGCACCCGCUCCUCGAAGUGUGGCGCAUGGGGAGAAGUCCUCCCAUGUGGACGUCAUCUUGUUUCUCUUUGUCGGGCUGGGCUUUGGCAUUGGAUUUGCAGCUGCCAUCCUGAUGAGAUGGGGUCGGAUCGGCGAAUGGUUUGUGAAAUCUGCAAGAGCUUUGAGGACUUGAUCUGAACACUGGAGAUUGCUUCAACCGUUGCUGCUAGUGAUGUGUGUGCAGUGCCUUUAUGUAUUAUUAAGCCUUUGCUACGUCAUAUCUUCUGUAUGUGUAGUUAUCUGUAAGGAUAUUACAUCUCCAGGUUUCACAUCUUGUAAUGUAUGCCAUUCUCUAGGUUAAACAUCUUGGAAUGUAUCUCCUGUCAUCUCCAGGUUUAAACGUGUUGUUUAGGUUUAACUUGGAGGCAAAUGUUGUAAUAAGUUUGUAAUCUUCUUAGUCGAC